UAAAAACUAAACGCUUGUUCCAAUCAAAGCCGUUUUGAGUUUUCUUCACCGCUGUAUCUGCAAAAUUGUUUUUCGUUUAUUAUUUUUACUAUUUAUAGCUAUAAGAUCUUCUUUUAGUUAUUAAUAAAUAAUUCCUGAAGUUACAGUUACUGGAAAUACAGGUUAUUAUCGACCUGUCAAGAAGACAUUUUUCGCCAAGCCGUAAUCGUAAAAUUCGCAAAAUAGGAGACGAAAAUCCCUUCAAGUUUUCCAAUUUCAUAUCGAAUCUACCACCAAUUGGUGGUGGAGCGAUGCCCCGCUGCAGCAAGCGCACGCGCAGCGGCGCCGCGGAGCUGGUCCCCGGCGCCACCGCGCUCGACGACCACCACCACCACAAGCGCUCCCGGAAUACCAGUUCACGCAGACAUUCCAAAUCAGAAGACACAAGCUUCAGCCCCAAGAAAUGCCUCACAUGGUUCAAGGAAUACACAUCGGUGGAAGAGCCAGACAUCUUAGGUCCAGAAGGCAUGGAGAAGUUCUGCUUGGACCUGGGCGUGGACCCCGAGAACGUGGUGAUGCUGGUCAUCGCCUACAAGAUGGGCGCCAAGCAGAUGGGCUACUUCACGCAGGACGAAUGGCUAAAAGGUCUAACAGAGCUGCAAACAGACAGUGUCCACAAACUACAGAAUAAGCUAGAAUAUUUAAAAAGUCUGCUCAAUGACCCACAUUUCUUCAAAGCCGUGUACAGAUAUUCCUAUGACUUUGCCAGAGACAAAGAGCAGCGUUCCCUCGACACCUCAACCGCCCGAGCUCUCCUCACAGUGCUGCUCCCUCGCUGGUCCCUCCGCCCGGCACUAGGCCAGUUCCUCGAACACUGCCGGAGGUACCGGGUUGUGAACCGGGACCAGUGGAGCAACAUACUCGAGUUCAGCCGGUCCGUUGACAGGGAACUCAGUGAUUAUGAUACGGAUGGCGCUUGGCCAGUGAUGCUGGACGAGUUCGUUGAGUGGCUGCGCGCGGAGCGGCGCGACGAGGCCAUGCCGGCCGCCAGCUGAGGGCGCGAGUCAUUGUUCCGAGCUUCGGCGGGCUGCUCUGUGGUCCGAGCUACAGCGGCGGCUACUCUGUGGGCGCGCGAGCUACAGCGGCGGCUAGUCUGUGGUCCGAGCUACAGCGGCGGCUAGUCU